AUGACCGACGUAAUGAGCUUGUUCUCCCUGAGCGGGACCACCGCCCUCGUCACCGGCGGAACAAGAGGCAUCGGCCAAGCCAUGGCCCUUGCCCUGGCUGAAGCCGGCGCCGAUAUUAUUCUGGUCCAGAGAGAUACCACCAACACAGCUACCAAAGACGAAAUCACCAACCGCCUCGGUCGCAAGGCGUGGAUUCACGUCGCCGAGUUGGGGGAUCGGCAAGCCGUCAAAGGCAUCAUCCCCGCAUUAACCAGUCAAGGCCUGAAGCCGCAGAUUCUCGUCAACUGCGCCGGUAUUCAGCGCCGACACCCGAGCGAGCAAUUCCCCGAUGAAGACUGGGACGAGGUGCUCGAAGUGAACCUUUCCUCCGUCUUUGCUCUGUGCCGAGAAUUCGGUGCCUAUCUACUAGCGCGCGACGCCUCCGAAUUCCCCUCCGGACGCCGAGGCUCGAUUAUUAACGUUGCUUCGCUGCUCACCUUCCAGGGCGGAAUCACCGUCCCCGCCUACGCGGCGGCCAAGGGUGGUAUUGGACAGUUGACCAAGGCGCUGUCCAAUGAAUGGAUCUCCAAGGGCAUCAAUGUUAAUGCGAUUGCGCCUGGAUAUAUCGCUACAGAUAUGAACACGGCGCUGAUUAAUGAUGCCAAUCGCAACACAGCAAUCAUGGCUCGCAUCCCGGCGGGUCGGUGGGGCUCACCGGAAGAUUUCAAGGGUGCGGUGGUGUAUCUUGCCAGUCGGGCUAGUGGUUAUGUCUCUGGUGAGAUUUUGACAGUGGAUGGCGGAUGGAUGGGUCGGUAA